AAAUUUCCCCGUGCAAAACCAACAAGACCAAUUGUUGCUAUCUGCACGCCAAAAGAAAACGAAUAAGGGAAAAUACAGCGGGCUGUUUUUCUGUAGUCUUUAUGCGCCCGUUUGUUGGAGCACGUUCUCUUUUAUUCGGCUUUCACGUGAUCGCGCGCACACAGGUCGCUGCGCGCUCCCGACGCCGAGCGGAGUCCUGGGGGGUUUGAGGAGUCGGCGAGGAGUGGCCUGCCGGAGAUCAGCGGGGCAGCCUCAAAGGCAGGGAAAGUAAAGUGUACGCCAGAAGCAAGAUGGACUUUCUUAUAGGGAACCCGUUUUCUACGCCGGUCGGCCAGCGAAUCGAUCGGGCCACAAACGCCUCUCUGCCGACGGAAGACUGGGGCCUCAACAUGGAGAUCUGUGACAUCGUCAAUGAAACUGACGAGGGGCCAAAAGAGGCAGUGAGAGCGAUAAAAAAGAGGAUUGUGGGUAAUAAGAAUUUCAGAGAAGUCAUGCUUGCGCUAACGGUCCUGGAGACUUGUGUGAAGAACUGCGGACACCGUUUCCACGUCUUGGUGUCGACCACGGAGUUUGUGGAGGGAGUUCUGGUCCAGGCCAUCCUGCCUAAGAACAACCCGCCAAUGAUCCUACACGACCGGGUGUUGAGCCUCAUACAGGCCUGGGCAGAUGCCUUCCGCAGCUCCCCGUCCCUGACAGGUGUAGUCUCUGUGUAUGAGGACCUAAAGAGGAGGGGGCUGGAGUUCCCCAUGACUGACCUGGACGCCCUGUCCCCCAUCCAUACUCCACACAGGAGUGUGCCAGAGAGUGAGUCGUCCACUACGCCCCCUGCUGGAUCCUCUGGCACGAGGCCGCCCCAGAAUCCCCCACUCGCGCAGAACACCGGACCAAUCAUCAUCACGCCUGAACAGGACACGGUGAGGAAGCUCAGAGCCGACCUGGAAGUGGUUCGGGGCAACCAGAAGGUGAUGUCAGAGAUGCUGAGCCAGCUGACCCCCAGCAACGCACAGCAGUCAGACGUGGAGCUGCUGCAGCAGCUGUACACAGUGUGCAGAGACAUGCAGGGCCGGGUGCUGGAGUUGAUCCCCAGGCUAGCGGACGAAGGUCUGAUAGGGGAGCUGCUGGCUGUCAACGACGACCUGAACAACACCUUCCUCAGCUACCACAGGUUCGAGAGGCUUAGCAGUUCCCCACAUACUGCAGGGCAGCGAUCUGACACAGUCUCCACAGACCUGAUUGACCUCAGUCUUGCUCCUCCCACCUCUCUUGCCAAUCAGCCCAGCAGCCAAUCGGACGCCACCCCGCUUCACCCAAUCAGACGGCCGCGCACAGUAAGUGCCACAGCACAGAGGUGGAGGAUGAGUUUGACAUGUUUGCUCAGACCAGGAACAGCUCGCUGGCGGAGCAGAGGAAGUGUGUCCGGUACGAGGACCCUGGGGCUGUGGAGGGACUGGCCGGAGCUAUGGACAGCAGACUGCAGGUCACAGGGGCGAUCCCCACCUCCCAGACGGCGGUGAUGGAGGACAUUGAGAAGUGGCUCUCUGACGAUGUGAAGGGCAACGCUGGAGAGAGCGAGGGUGUCACAAGUGAGGAGUUUGACAAGUUCCUGGAGGAGAGAGCAAAGGUGGCCGACCAUCUCCCCACAGUUCGUAACACAACCCCAGCCCUGGCUCGACCCCAACCACAGCCCCC